AUGAGCUCGACCCCAGAAACAAGUAUCCUGGCCGAAGGAGCCCUGGGGGCCUGGCGAUAUGUCCAGCUGCACCCAUGGUGGACCGCUCUCGCCGUCCUAGUCACUCAGUUAGUGUUGACACGCUAUCGAGAUGGCUUGCGACAGAUUCCCGGCCCGUUUGUGGCGAGUUUCUCGAAUCUGUGGAAGCUGCGGGCAGUCUGGAAUCAGAACAUGCACCGGGAGAACGUGCGUGUCCACGAGGAUUAUGGCCCCAUCGUGAGAAUUGGGCCCAACCACGUUUCGGUAGCGGAUGCUCAGAGCAUGCGCGCGAUUUACGGUGUCCAAAAUGUGUUUCGAAAGUCCGCAUUCUACCCCCUCGCGGAAGCCAUCUACCGUGGCCGAUUCCUGCCGACGCUGUUCACCACAGAGAGCAAUGAGUAUCAUAUGAGACUCAAGCGCGGAGCCGUCAAGGCAUUCUCUAUGGAUACCGUGGCGGGAUUGGAGCCAUACGUCGACAAGUGUAUCGCCGUGCUCAUCACUCGGUUGCGGGAGGUCACGCAGAACGGCAAGACACCAGUCAGUCCUGUGGCAUGGCUCCAGUACUUUGCCUUUGACGUGCUGGGGGAAAUCAACUUCUCCAAGGACCUCGGCUUUCUGGAAAAGGGCGUGGAUGUCGACAAUAUCAUUGCCGCGAUUGGUGGCAUUCUCACCUACGUCUCACUGAUUGGGCAAAUCCCAUUGGCACAUAAAUUCCUCCUGGGAAAUCCACUGUUACCGAAGCUGUUCCCCGCCAUCGAGAAAACGAACCAAGUGCUGCAGUUCUCCUUGGCCCAGGUGGAGGAACGACAAAAGAACCCGGUAGAGCGCAAGGAUCUCCUCAAUCGGCUUCUAGAUACGCAUCGCACGGAUCCCAAUUCCUUGACUGUCGAUGAAAUCAUUGCCAUUACCACCACGAACGUUAUUGCCGGAUCCGACACGACAGCAAUCUCUCUUGCCUCCGUCUUGUAUCAUUUGAGCAAGUACCCCGAGACCCGAAAGAGACUGGAGACGGAGAUUCAACAGGCCAUUGACGAAGGACGAGCUUCAAACCCAAUCACCUAUGCCGAAGCUGUCGAACUUCCGUACCUAACGGCCGUUAUCAAUGAGGCUAUGAGAAUUCAUCCGGCAACGGGAUUCAUUCUCGAGAGACGUGUUCCUGCCGGUGGUAUCACGCUUCACGGAGCCCAUCUCCCAGAAAACACAGUCGUAGGAGUGAAUUCAUGGGCAAUCCACCGGAACAAAGAGAUCUUCGGCGAGGAUGUGCAUUCUUUCCGCCCCGAGAGAUGGACCGAAGGCGACGAGGAGGCGAUCAAGGAGAUGAAGCGCAAUUUGUUUACCGUGAGUAACUCUCCAUCCCCGAUGAAUUCUCUUUUGCUUUAUGGCUCUUGUACGGCACUGGGAGCUGACCAGAGAGAUCAACAGUUCGGAUAUGGCCCUCGAAGCUGCAUUGGCAAGAAUAUUUCCAUCUUGGAGAUGUGGAAGGUGAUUUUCGAGCUGUAUCGCCACUUUGACAUUGAUCUGGCGACCGAUCAGGAGUGGACUGUGAAUGGGACCUGGUUUACCACCCAGAGUCAGAUUGAAGUCUAUUUCAAACCCAAGGUUUGA